AUAUUCCCUCUUGGCCUCUAAAUCAAAUUUCUCUUUCAGUUUUGGGUUAGUCUCUCCAUUUCUCUCUUGAUUGAUUUUAGGCUUUUAGCUUUUUAAGUAUUUUGUGGCCAGUUGGAGGAAUACAAAGAGCUCUCUCUCUCUCUCUCUCUCUCUCUCUCUCUCUCUCUCAUUGCAGUUGGUCAUUUCUGGCACCCAUAAACACUAAAGCAAGCUGCUUGCUGCUUGGUUCUGCUGGGCUCCAAUGGCUUCUGUCUUCACUUAAUCUACUGGAGGCAAGCACUUGAUAUUUUCUGGACACACGAUCAACAAAAGAUGAAAUUUGAAUUGAAGAAAAGAUGGAAAGCCAUGGUCCCACUUCAGUUGAAAAACAAAUCAGCUACGCGUUUUUCUUUAUUUCCCAAAUCGAAGUCGGAAUUUGGUCCAGGCAAAGCACCUGUAUAUCUCAAUGUAUAUGACUUGACACCCAUGAAUGGAUAUGUUUACUGGGCAGGCUUUGGAAUUUUUCACUCUGGUGUUGAAGUUCAUGGUGUAGAAUAUGCAUUUGGAGCACAUGACUACCCUACCAGUGGUGUUUUUGAGGUUGAACCUCAGCAAUGCCCUGGAUUCAAAUUCAGGAAAUCUAUCUUUAUUGGGACUACAAGCUUGGACCCUAUUCGGGUUAGAGAGUUUAUGGAGCGCCAAUCAUUGAAUUACAAUGGUGAUACGUAUCACCUGAUUGUCAAGAAUUGCAACCAUUUCUGCAGAGAUAUCUGCUACAAGCUAACCGGGAAAUCAAUUCCAAAGUGGGUAAAUCGGCUGGCAAGAAUAGGUUCGAUAUGCAACUGCAUACUUCCUGAAGCGCUAAAGAUUUCUGCUGUACAACACGACCCUAACAAUCAACCAUAUGAUAGCGAGAAAAGGAGUUUGAGAAGUGCCUUCAGUUGCCUGUCUUCUAUCUCAAUGCGGCAGAAGCAAUUGUCAUCAUCUUCAUUGUUUCUACAGUCACCCUUGAAAGGCUGCUUGCCUCCGUGGGAAUUAAGAAGGUCAAACAAUGGUUCCUUGAAAGAAAGGUGAAAAAGAGAUUGCAGGAUUGCUGUUGGAUGACCAACCUCCAUGACCUUUGUUGAGGAUUUGUUGCUAAAUUUUUGUGUGUCUGCGUUUGGAGAAGGCUGCCAUCACUCAGAUUGUUUUAGCUAUCCCACGUUUGCAUAGUCAUGUUUACAACAAUCAUAACUAUGGUUUGCAGCUACCGAAUGUAAGAGAAAUUGCUAAUCAGUUUCUCUGUCUCCCUAUAUUUCUUCAUUUGCUACUACUUGUCUUUCAAUAGUUUAGAGGUAUGCUCCAGUUACCUCCAGUGUAAAUUGUCCAGUUAACUUGGGUUAGUAUGUCAGCCCCGACAAAUGAAUCUCUCUUAUUACCAGAGGAUUUAGCCUCUAA